AUGGCGGACGUGGAAGAUAAGGCGAAGGCUGAGAAGCUUGCCGCUGCUAAGAAGCGGGUUGCGCAGUUACAAAAACAACAAGCGAAGGCCAGGAAGAAAGGUGCCGGGGCAGCUGAACAAGACAAAAAGGGCGAAGCGGCGUCGGCGUUGACGAAAACGGAUGAGACGGAGGCUCCUCCCUCCACCUCUUCUCCUCCACCAGUCCAGGAGGAAGAACAACAGCAACAAGAACAAGAAGAACCCUCAUCCCAGUCGCCCAUUGCUCCUCGCGCUCCGGAAUCCGACGAAACCCCAGAACCAGAACUCUUUGCCCCGGCACCCACAAAAGAAGUGACCACUGGUGAAUCCCCUUCCACACGAACCCCACACGCCCGCAAACAAUCCCUAUCCGUUCAAUCCAAACUUCGCUCCUCCGACUUCCGCCGCACGUCCGUCAGCCAGCAGACCGGUGCUCAGCCAGUCGCCCCAUCUUCCAAUGUCAAAUCACCCACGUUACCUCCUCUCAAUCCUGAUGGUGACGCAGUGCCUGAGGUAUUUAGGAAGCAGGCUCUGCGGCUUGAGGAGUUGGAGCGGGAGAAUAGACGGCUUGAAAGGGAGCUGGAGGAAGCCGGUGCCCGGUGGAAGAAGUCAGAGGAAAAGCUGGAGGAUUUGGGAGACGCGAGGGUGGAGUUGGUUGAGGUACAGGAUCGGCUGGGGAGAGCGGAGAAGAGGGCGGAGGAGGUGGAGAGGCUGUGCUACAACGGCAAAAUGCGCAACUGCAUAGCAAAUCACGGACGAAUAGCGGAGCUCCUGGGAAUUCAGAGUCGCCUCAGUCAGCUUUGCUCGCUCAAUUGGAUUCUAAAUCAGCGACGAUUGAAGCCAUGGAAUUAG